GCCCCAGGCAGCUGAGUCAAAGGGAAGGAGUGAUGCGUUGUGAUAACUGCAUUAUAAAAAGUGUUUUCUUCAACCUCAAGUUUGUAAAUCAGUGCUUUGAAUCACAUGAAGCGUCGCAGAGGGGCCGUGAAAUCGUGGAAGCAUGGAGCUGUAUAAAGACACGGUGCGGGGCAUAGAGUACACAGACUCGACAUGAACACAGUCUUCAUUGGUCAGAUCAUCGGGGUAGUGUCCACUUUGGGCCUGCUCCUCUUCUUUCUGUCCCGGCUCUGGCCUCACCGCGGCCCGGGGAUGAAGUGUCAGGGUUACGCAGUGCUCAUCACUGGCUGUGACAGCGGGUUUGGACAUCACUUGGCUCGCGCGCUGGACCGGAGGGGCUUUGUGGUCUUCGCCGGGUGUCUGCAGCCCGAAGGAGUGGGAGCGCAGACCCUGGCCCGCCUCUGCUCCUCUAAACUCCGGCUCCUCAAACUGGAUGUGACCCUUGAGCAGGACGUCCAGCACGCCAAGAAAAUGGUCCAAGCAAACCUGCCGGAGAAAGGCCUGUGGGCAGUGGUGAACAAUGCUGGGGUCUCAGACUGGGCAGAGAUCGAGUGGAGCACCUCUCAGGACUUCCAGAACAUGCUCAAUGUGAACCUGAUGGGCUCCAUUCGCACCUCCAUCGCCCUCCUGCCCCUUGUGCGGGCGGCCAAAGGGCGUAUGGUGUUUGUAUCCAGUAUCUUCUCCUUCUUCACAUGUCUCAACAUGGCGGCAUACAGCGUAUCCAAGAGGGGCCUGGAAGCCUUUGCAGACUGCCUCCGAGUGGAGAUGGCCAGUUUUGGGGUCAAAGUGAGUAUCAUUCAGCCGGGGAACUUUGGCCAGGCCACAAACAUAGUGAAAGUGAGGACGGGCGCGGACAUCUGGGAUCGCCUGGACGAGGAGCGCCAGCGCACCUUUAACCGCCAGUACAUCGACCUGGCCAAUGAGUACUUCACGUCCUCCUGCCGCUCUGGCAGUGGCAGCACUGAGCCUGUGAUACAGGCCAUGGUGCACGCCCUGACCUCCACACGACCCUGCCGCAGGUACCUGCUAGUCCCACCCACAGAGCUGCCUUUCUUCAAGCUCUUCCCCCUCCUGCCCACAUUUCUGACGGACGCCCUUUUCUCCCUCAGCCCCAUGUACAGCAUGAGACGGCAAAUGCUCUAUGCACAGUAGCUCCAGGACACUGGAACGGGACCAUCGCAUGUAGAAUAUUAUUAUACACUUUUUAU